UUAGCUUUUAUUUUUAAUGAAUGAAUUGGUCUUUAUUAUGCUUCAAAACCCUAACUUUUUUAUUUUUCAAUCAUUUAAUGUUAAUAGUAUUGCUUCCUUUUGUGUAUUGGUGAAUGAUUUUGCAACCCUUUUGUGUUUUUUUUUACUAAAGUUUGGUUUUUUUUUUUUAUGGUUUUUAAGAAUUAUUAACAAAAAAAAAAAGAGAUUUCUUUUACUUUUUUUGUGGAUUUUGUGGAUUGUGAUGAAACAGAAAAUCGGAAAAGAGGAGUUUUUUGUAUUGGGUUUAGAGCAUAUUUUUGUUCUGCGUGUUCAAGUUGAAGUUACUUGAAAAUGUGAUUAAAAGGGGAAGAUGUUCCUCGACUUGGAAGCUGGUUUUGUAGAGUUGGAUUAGGUUCAACCCAAAUUUUAAGAUGUAGUAUGAUGCUUGAUUAUUGAUAAUGUUUAAUAAUUAUUUGGUUGGAUAUAAUGUUUUGUUUGGAUUGAUGAAAUCGGAUGGAGCGGAGCUGUAUGAGAUGGAAUAAAGUGGUAUUUGAUUUUUUGAAUCAUUUAAGAUCGGAUGGAGCAGAGCGGAAUGGAGUGGUAUGGAUUCCAUUCCAUCACUUACCACCAUAUUUGUUCCGUCCUAAAACUUCCAAAUGAUGGAAUGAACCUUCAUUCCGCUCCGCUCAAUUCUGCUACAUUCUACUCCGCUCCGCUAUGUUCAUUUUAUGAUAUCCAAACAUAGCUUAAAUGAAACAAUGGAGUGUGUUUCUUUCAUUGCUUUCAGAAGGGUUUUUACACAUACCAUUUCUGAAUUUAAUCAACUUUUCUUUUUGUUUAUUCUUUAGCAGGAGGUAAGAUUAAGUUUUCUCAUUAGAUAAUUAAGUUAUCAUGGGAUCAGUUUGUUGUGUUGCUGCAAAGGAUCAAACUAUUUCCACUAGAGCUGGAGGUGAGAGUUUUCACAGAAAUCCUGCAUGUUCACCAUCAUUGAGUUUUCAAUGGGAUAGAUGGAGCCGUGUUGCUGGUGAAAUUGAUGAUCUUUCAUUCCUCACGUCUCGGAGAGUCAGCAGAAGUGUUAGCAUGGAGUUAAAGGGGUCUUUAAGUUCUGAAAGAGGCAAUUUAUCUGAUGUGGGGAGCACUCUGGAGAACUCUGUAACACCCAUGUCUCAGAAGUCCCCUAUUCACGAGCAAUUGGGUGCUAGUCAGAUGAAUCUAUCUUCAGAUCUAUCCAUGUCAAGUAAUUGUUCUACAAUGGUGAAGAAUCUGACAGAGUCACCGGAGAUUGCUGAAUCUUCAGUACCUAAUCUUUCUUUUUCAAUACCUUCUUCUUGCUCAACACCUAUAACUCGUAAUCUAAACCAUCACAAUCUUCCUAGCUCAACACCAUCUAGAUGGGCUCAUCGAUCUCCAGGACACCCGCUGCUGAGACAAAUUUCUGAUAGUAGAAUCCUGGGUCUGAAAUCGCCCGACAAUUCAAUUUCCGAGGGAAGGCCAUCAUUUGUACUGUCCACUUGCAGCAAUGACAUGAUAACCGGAUCCCAAUGUGGAUCAUCUGACGGCUGGUCUAUGCGCACCUUUUCUGAACUUGUGGCGUCGUCUCAAAAGGAAAGGUGGUCAUUUGACAGCGAGCAUUUAGGUUCAGGUCGCCACAAGAUAAGUGGAACUAGUAGUAGGUUCUCGUAUUCUCCCUCCAUGGAUUUACAAUCUUGCGGAGCCUGCUCCAAGCUCUUGACCGAGAAAACUCCAUGGAACAGCCAGAAAUUUGUUUCCAACAACGACCUCUCGGUUGUAGCUGUACUUGUCUGUGGUCACGCGUAUCAUGCAGAAUGCUUGGAGACCAUGACAUCAGAAGCAGAUAGUUAUGAUCCGGCUUGUCCAAUUUGCAUGGUUGGAGAAAAGCACGUGUCAAUGUUGUCCAGAAAAAGUCUCAAAGCCGAAUCAGAAAUGAAGGGCAAGAGCUACAAGAUAUCCCGAAACCGUGUUGUUGAUAGCUACUUUGAUGGUGGGUUAGAUGUUUAUAAUCGGCAAAAAGACGUAGUUUCGAAAUUGGAGCCUAGCUCAAGUUCAAGGAGUUCAUUAAGAAAACCCUUCUUGAGGCGGCAUUUUUCACUGGGAUCGAAGUGGAAUCGAUCCCUGUCUGAGAAUGAUUCCGCCAGGAAGAAGGGUUUUUGGGCACGAUAUCGCAAAGAUUGAGGUUCCUUAACCAUAGCUGUUAGUUGCUGCAGCUCUCUAAUUAUAUUUGUAGCACCAGCAAGUUAGGAUUUACUCUUUGUAUGUUGACCAGCUUCACUAAUAAUUAUAGAUUUAUUUUCAUUAAAUUUUGUGCUAGUGAGAAAUUCCUACUAAUGCAUGGAGGCAAAGGAAACAAAUGUGCAUGUAUAUUAUUUUAAAAUGCUUUGCAUGUGUUUUCACUCUGUUACAUUUGAAUCACAUUGCUUCAAACUGAGUCUACAAACGUUAAAUUAAUACUAAAUAUUAUAUUUUCUCA